AUGCGCAGAGCCGUCCUCACCUCGUCCGAGGUCUCGGUGCUCGCCUCCAUGAUCAUCGUGAUCCUGUGCACGCUGGCCCUCUUCCUCAGCGGCUACGCCAUCCAGCAGCGCACGCUGCGCGACCUGCGUGCCGCCAUCCGCCCGCGCGAGUCGCGGCCCUCGCCCAAGGCGCACCUGCCGGACCGCUUCCGCACGUCGACGACGGAGCUGGCCGACGGCAGCGUCGUGCUGGUGGAGAGCGAGGCGGCGCGCGAGGCGAGGGAGAUGGAGCAGGCGGUGGCGGCGGUGGUGGUGGUUACCCAGCAGACGAGUCUGGAAGACGACGCUGUCGCCGCCGGGCACGAUGAGCAGCAGCAGCAGCAGCAGCAGAAGCGCGAGACUGACGACAAGCAGGCGGUUGCCACGGAGAAGCAGCGCGCUGUGGUGCAGCAGCUCCAGGCGCAGGUGGCGGCCAAGUCGUGGGGGGUCGAGCACCCGGACCCGCUCAAGAACAGCCGGAUCCCCGUGACGCGGGCGGAGCGGCGGCGGAUGAUCAAGGACGAGAUCCGGCGGCUGGCGCAGGCGGGUGACCAGCCCGUCUACUACCAGCGGAGGCUGUGGUAG